AUGUCGUCGUCGGGAUCUACAGUCAGCGAUACAGUGGAAUAUCCAGACCAAGUGCGAGAGUGUCUUAAGUAUGUGUCAAUCUACAGUAAAGGAGCAUUUUCGUGUUCAUCGUCGGGUGACGAAGAUGACUGCAGCUACGACGAGGACGUGAAACGGAUUUUGGCUGAACACAAUGAAGCCGAUCUAAGAGAUUGUGAAGCAACGGGAUUUUCAUCGUCCUACGAAGCGGCUGUGGCGGCAAUGAAAACGAACUUAUCACUAACCACCUCUGACCAGUAUGAGCACUGGGACGAAGCGCUCGGAGACGCGGCCGUGGUGUAUCCGCCACUUGGCGUCGGCCGGUUUGCCUCUGAGACGUCGAAAAACCGAAAACUACUUAUCCUCGGCGACUAUACGGUUGUCCAAUCGGACCAGAGUGGAAGUCCAUCUGCCCAGUUGCUCAGGAAGUGCCUGGAAGGUGCGCUUUACGGACAGGACACCGAGGAGUUCGCGGUGGCGCAGCCCUACUGUGCCGCCAACAAAAACCUGGACUUUGGCAAGUCUAAAAUGUCACCUGGGGCAGUGCAUGACUCUAGGAAGAGAGUGGAGAACUGGAUGAGCAAAUACUACGUCGUCGACGUUGACCCGGAUAUAGGGAAGGGACAUUAA